UAUGAUUAUAGCAAUUAUAACAAGUGACAUUCAAUGUUAAACUAACCAGCGAGACAAAAAUGAAUUCCUUGAUAAACGUUUUAGAUACGAUUUGUUUCUUACCUUUAAUUUUAUUAUCACAUUGUGGCAACAGUGUUUCAUUUGAGAAAUACAUAGGUUUCAAAAUAUUUGACAACCAUACGUGCACAGCGGAGGCCAGCUUGUCUACCACUUCGGUUGUCUCGUCUAUAGUAAAAUGCGUGAUGGAUUGUGGCCACGACGACAGAUGCAAGUCUGUCUUUUACGGAGAAGAUGAUGGUGCAUGUACCUUGUGCAGCGAGGUUUUCAACUAUUACGCUCACCAACCCGCAGUUGCUAAUGUACACACCAAGCAUCUCAGACCACUCCAGGGAAGUUGCCCGGAAGGUUGGUUGCGUUUCCAGUAUUCCUGUUACACGCUGACGAAUGCAUCUAACGGGUUCCAUCAUGAUGAAUGUGUUACGAUGGGAGCCCAUGCCAUCUACGUGGAAUCAAUAGAGGAACAGAACUUCUUGGCCAAAACAUUUAAACCUGCUACAGGAGAAGAAAGAGUAUUCCUGGGAUACAAGAAGAUCAACAAUAUCCUGUACUUAGCCGGGACACUCACACUACCAACAUUUACUUACUUCAAACCAGGGGAAGGAACAAUUUCCAAGCAACAUUGUGUUCUCAUUUGGUCAAACCAAUGGGGCGACUAUUUGUGCGAGGCGAAUGCAAAAACGGUUUGUGAAAUUGAACUUUGACUACAUAGCAGAAUAGCUUUUUCGAUUGGCUUUUGUACGGAAUUGCUUUUCCUUAUGUGUGUGAAUGCUUUUCCGAUUGGCUGUCGUGUUUGAUGAAAAAGGACAAUGGGCUUGGGGUUUUUCUUGACUAUUUAUUCCUGUCGGAUAGGAAGGCAUUGUACAUGCAAACUUACGCUUAACACAGAAUCAGUCUGCUGUGGCCUAAGAGUUGUUUUGCUCAUUACUGUUUCUGUUAAUGUCAGCAAUAUAUAUAUUUUCUAUCAAGUUUCAGUAAAAAACAAAAAUUACAUUUUUAACAACUACACUUUACCAUACCAUGCUGUAAUUUCCAUGUACAUUACGCAAUAUUAACUACAAUGGUUCACCUACUUAAUCCCCUGUGGUCAAUUAAUAUUAAAUGAAUUAUCAACAUCUAUUUUCUUUUGGAAAAACCCCCCAACUUAAAUUCACUUAUUGUAUACGAUAUUUACUAUUGCUUUUAUACAUAUACUAGGAAGUUAAUUUUGUUCAUAAUUAUUGCUAAAUCGGGAAGCGGCAAUUAAGUUUUGGUCUCUUUCAUGAGAAGACCAUGUGAAUAAAAUGAAAUGUUUACAACUGGGAAACAACCAGGCGUUGAAUUAACCUCGGACGAAUCACCGCGAUAUAAUGAUAUUCGCAACGACAUUGAUGAAGUUUUAAAUCAUUGAACCUUUAUGUAACAUUCUUUAUAGAAAUAUAUUAUCUAUUUACAUGGCAUAAAUGUUAUUUUUACGUCAUGAAACAACGCAUCAAUUCACAUAUGAGCCACUAAUGGAUUUUGUGUAGAGACGUAAGAUCUGAAAUGUAUACUUCAAAACUGUGAAUGUCCAAAAUUUCUUCAACAAGAUAAAUAUAUUUGUGUAUUGAAUAUAAGAUUAACAUUUUUUUUUAAAUUCGAAAAUUAAAUAUUUUGUUUAUGUAUUUGAAUAUUCUAAAAAAAACAGUAGACUGAAUUAAAAAAACAACAACAGCAAAUCCUAGAAUAUCUGACGGGAAAGAUUUAAGUUAUAUAUGUAUUCAUGAAGAUUUUUUUUAUCAACGCUUGUUUGUACAAUUGAAGGUGAUGACUGUAUUUGUUCGUUGUGUACAAAGUUGAUCAGUUAACAUGAUGUGUGUUUUAUUGUUUUCUUCAGUGUCUUCAAGUUGAUGUUGCCUCCGAUUAUGCUUUUAUUUUUAUUUAUGCAAUUAUUAAUAAAUGUUGGGUUGUUACGCGGUACUCCCAGCAGCAUGUAUUGAUCAAUAUUUUGAGGCAUGUGUGGUCUGUGCGUCUAAACCUUGUUUGUCUCUCAGUCAGUGUAUGUUGAUUCAUACCCUUGUGCAACGAUAACGGCGUCUUUAUUUUAAAUAUAUGCCUACUAGCCAUAUGGAUUCCAUAGUAUCAUUGUAAAUUUAUUCAGUAACUUGUUAGAUACGAAUUAUUUCCAAGACACCUGAACUGAUCGAUAGACGUAUUGCAUUCAUUAAAGGGGCUAUACACCGUAUGAUGAAAUAGCGAAAAAAAUGUCGAAAACUAUUUACCACAUAGUUUACAAUUAAUUUAUUUUCGCAUUUUUUUCGUAUUUUUCCAUUAAAAAACAUUACUAGGUAAAAAAACAUUACUAGGUAUGUAUACCUAGUAGAAUUCAUUCUUAUGCAUGAUUGGCUAGUCGUUGUUAACAUAUGAUAUUACCAAGUUAAGUAUAUAGCAUAUAUUCCAAAAGUUUAGGGUAAACCUUCGUAGCACAGUGGAUACAAAAGUGGACUGCAAUUUUGGCGACACAGGUUCGAACCCAGUCUCCAACCUGAUUUUUGUUUACAUUCUGGUAUUUUUAACAAUUAUGAUAUCAAAGAGUAAAAAAAAAAAUGUCCUGAGAUUCGUUACAGAAAAAAACAUUUUUAGUGGCCACUCUGGCUUAUAGUCUCUUUAAAAAUGAUUUCAAUAGGGUGCAUUCAAUUACAGAGAUAUUACAUUGUUAAAUGUGCCGCAAAGCAAAUGUUAAAUAAUGAAAAAUGAUCAUGGACUGUCAUAGUCUACUUCAAUGAUGUAUAUAUGUGUGAUGUUAUGUGUGGAAAUAAACUUUUGUACUGUUCUGUUAUGUUCUGUGUUUUUAAACGUUUAGUAUCUAGUGCCCUAUAGUGUCCUAUGGUUUCCAUUGUCAUUUAAAUUUUCCACCAGAGACUAAAUGAAUAGGUUAAACAUCAUCAUAUGUAAUAAGAAUACAUAAUAAAGGAGUCACACAAAAUAGGGACACUGUAGAUGUUUCGUUCGUUUCACAUGUGUGGAAUAAUACGAAAUAGUAUGCAGAUUUUGAUGACUUAACAAACGCUUUUAAUUACAUUUACCUACAACUGAUAGGUAAAAAACUUGAAAUUGGAAUAAGGUAUGAAUUAUAUAUGUGAUUAGAAAUGCUUUUUGAUUGGCAGUCUGAAUUUAGUUUUUUCGGGUUUGGGGUGUUUGCUGAAAUAUUACAUUAUAUUAUGUUAGUAAUUCUUACGGAUAAAAAACCUUGUCCUUUGUUAUUUUAUGUUGAGAGAAAGUUAUUGGCAUUUCGAUGUUAAAAUUUUUUUCUAUCAAUAAACGUUGUAUCUGUG